UACUCCACGAUGCAAGGCAGAUUUUAUGAAUUUCCCCAACUUUUAUAAAACGACAACACCCCAAGAGCCCAGACAUACAGUCCUCUCUCCCUCGCUCUCUGUGCGCGAAAGAAAACAAGAAAGAAACCAUGACAAGCAGCUCCGCUUCGUCACGCAAGGCUUUAAGCAAGAUCGCUUGCAACAGACUGCAAAAAGAGCUUACAGAAUGGCAACUCAGUCCUCCUUCAGGUUUCAAGCAUAAAGUCACCGAUAAUCUCCAACGAUGGGUGAUUGAAGCGAAUGGAGCCGCAGGCACUCUUUAUGCAAAUGAAACUUAUCAGCUUCAAGUCGAUUUCCCUGAACAUUACCCUAUGGAGGCUCCUCAGGUGAUUUUCGCCCCGCCGGCUCCUCUGCAUCCUCACAUCUAUAGCAACGGACAUAUCUGUUUAGAUAUACUGUAUGAUUCAUGGUCCCCAGCUAUGACUGUUAGUUCUAUCUGUAUCAGCAUUCUGUCUAUGCUAUCCAGCACAACCGUGAAGCAACGUCCUGCUGAUAAUGAUCGUUAUGUGAAGAACUGUAGGAGUGGACGAUCUCCCAAGGAAACAAGAUGGUGGUUCCAUGAUGAUAAGGUUUAAUUCCAUUUUGUAUUUGUUGUUUGUGUAUAACAACAAGGCUACCAGUCCUAUUUCUCGUGGAUAGUGUGGAAUGGGGCCUGGCAAGGCUUUAAGCCCCCAAGGCCCUGGCAGUUUUCCUUUUUCCUUGCCGUGAAUCACGUACCUGAUAUUUUUACUUUGUAUUUGGUGCUCCCCUCAUGGGAUCGCAGACAAUCUAUACUAAUCAAGGAGAACAAAUUAUAUGGAUUCUCCUACUA